AUGUCCAACACCAUCGUCCCUCAUCCCCAGCUGACCAUCCCCGCUCAGCCUGGGCUCCAGCACCAGCCACCCCAAAUACAGAAGAAGCUACUAGCGAUAGGCGAGCCCUUUACCGAUAAAUACUUCACCUGGAAGGUCGAGGGAUACGACAGGCGGCAGAGACUGCGCAACGACCCUGGCAGGGAUCCACAACAGCCGCGCAGCACCGUCUUUGUCCCAUCAUCGGUCCAGCCUUCUCUCCCUCUCGGAGAGCAAGGUAAGGCCCGUACUAUUCCUGAGACGCGAGAGCCGUCCGACGCACAGAUCCACGACGGCUCUAGGGGCUCCAAGUACGAUAUGCUCGACCUGUCGAGCGGCAGGAGCUCGGGGCGCGAUGCACUCCCCUCCCGCGGGCAGUCCGCCGCACUGCAUCGCACGCGCACAGGCCGUCAGAGAGACGCACGUCCCGCCGCUCCGCCAGCCCGACUGGCUCCUCAGGCAUGUAGCUCGCCCGCAUCCCCCGACCCGGUCAUGCAGGAGCUGCGGCGCACUGUCCGGACGACGUAUACCCCGCGGCGUUCGUAUCCCCUCCGCCCUGGCGCGGACGGCGAGGGCCGCCUGGACGGCAGGUCGCAGCGGCGGGCCACACGUCCUACACUCCCCCCGUUUGCGCAUCUCGUCCGCACUACCGCGAGCGAGGAUGCUGCCCAGCAACAGCCCCAGCAUCAUUCCGGGCCGUCCUCGGUUUCGGCCAUCCGCAACGCUGCCGGCGGUUGUCAUCGAGAGGACGAUGAAGCUCUCGAUGCAAGAGUCUCUCCUUCGACUGGACUAUGCUCAUUCUUCUUGUCUUCCUCCUAUGAACAGUAUGCAGUCCUGUGCGUGCAUAUAUGUAGAAUUGUUUCGAUGUGUGUUAUGAAUGCGGUGACGUUAUGCAAAUACAAGGAAUGCCCAGCAAACAAUCGCUACAAGCAACGACAUGCGGUACAAGUAAGCGGACACAUUUUCAGGAAGACAGGGCAGGGUUCAGGCGAGACGAAUACGGUGGUGCGUUGCUCUCGGCAAUUUGCAUCGCAUCGGCAUGCGGUUGCGAGGACGGGGACCCAAGAUGGCACAUCGGGGCUGUGGGGGUCGGCUCGAAGGGACGGGCCACGCCCAGCAGUUGUUGAAGAGGAGCACAAACAGCUACGAGUGGCCACCCCACUUGAAGCUGGUGUCAGGCUCACGCAAGAGCUGGCCAAGCGGACGGCGCUCGUUCACAAGAUCAACCGCCUGCGGGGAACGCAUGAGCAUGCACGGGCCCGACACACGAUCACUCACGAUGGCUUCGCCCGGUUGAAACACCAAGCACCGCGAAAUGUCGGCCGCCUGUUUUGCGGUCAUCACGCCGGGCGAGUCGGUUUCCUUGCCGUCCAGAGCCUUUGGUCGAGUCAGGGGCCCGAUGAAUCGCGCCACAGUCCUCGUAUCCCCUCAGGAGUCUCGCCAGGAACGCACCUCACAAGCGGCUCGUAUCGGCCCGCUGAUUUACUUACAGCUGGGAAGCCUGAAGGUGGGCCUGACGGCGAGGAUCUGACGCAGAUAUGUACUGAAUUCGAGAUUGAUAUGAUGUAUGCCUCGGAGGACAUCUACGGUACGACUGGUGUCGGUGCUGCUGAGAUCAAAGCUCGCGUGAUGAUUGGGAUGGGGUCGGGCCGGUGGGCUGGAUCAUGUGGCAUCUGCGGCAUUGACAUGGACAGCUACGAGGCACAGACUCCCUUUUCGCACUCGACCCGACAGCGCGCGUUGUGGUGGAGAAGGACGCGCUGA